GCCUAUAACGUUUAAUUACAAUUUACUUCCGUAGUAGAAGAUGAAGAGUUUGAAUAACCUUAGCCGCUUGCCGGAAACAAAUAAUGGAACAGAGUAUACAGUAAUAAAUAUAGCAGAACAAAUAUGGACCUUUUUGCCUCCGAUAAUCAUGUUUGUUGGAACAGUUGGCAAUGUUACUACAGUUAUCGUAUAUAUACAACCAUCUAUGCGGACCAGUGCUUUUGCAAUCUAUGCAAUUGCAUUAGCUAUAUCGGAUACGACAGCUCUAUAUUCCGGACUGCUAUUUGAUUGGCUAGUAUUAGCAUUUGACAUCAAUGUUAUUUUUGUAAGCUCUACUGGAUGUAAAGUCAUAAUUUGGCUUGUAUACACGUCUGUGUGUUACUCCGCCUGGAUUAUCACAGCAAUAACUAUUGAAAGAGUAUUUGUUGUUUGGUUUCCACUUUGGUCUAGACGAAGAAAUGAUAAAAUGUUCUCGAGAAUAUUGAUAUGUUGCCUUGUUGUUAUCUGCAUGGCCUUGAAUUCUCAUUUUUUGUUCGGCAUGGUGCUUGACACUGAACAAUCUAUGUUUCACAGAAAUUGUGGUGCUGCAAAUCAAAGCUACUGGAUAUUUUUCCAACGCGUGUGGCCAUGGAUUUCUACAAAUCUCUUCUGUUUUAUACCUUCUUCUUUAAUCAUAGUUGGUAAUAUGAUGAUAGUUUUGAAAGUGUCACAAUGUAAACAAAAUGACAGCUGUGAAACUGUCAGAAAAGACCAUCUUUCUUCGAGAAAAAGACAUGCAAAUAUUCAAGAUCAUAGAGCAGUGUUAGUACUCCCGAUACUUCUAACAUUAAACAUUAUGUUCCUAAUAACUACAUUACCUAUUAAUUUGUAUCUAUUAAUUCUGAAUUAUUCAGAUGUUUUGAUAACUGAUGAGUAUUCAGAAAGAAAAGCACAAAACUAUCUGUGUUGGACAAUACUGAAUAUGCUGCUGUUUUCGAAUAAUGCGGUCAACUGUAUCUUGUAUUGUUUAAGUGGUUCAAACUUUAGAAGGGAGUUACUUGCUUUAUGCUGCGGCAAAUCAUAAAAUCAUAAUAAUUCUAUGACAGUUGUAAGCU